CUGAUUCCCUUUCCCCCCCCACCUGAUAGCUUACAUCAAGAUGGACUCAUUUGAUCAAGAAGACGAACCACCACUGUACUACGCCCCAGUCGAUGAGGACGGGGCACCACAGUACGACUACGACAACCCAGAUUCUUUUACUAGGCUGCAGCAAGAAAAGAUCCUUCACGAGCUCAAGCAACAACAAUGGGGCCACUUCCUGAGGCAGUCUCAUCUAGAACUACUACGUCUACAAAGGCGGGCAUACCUAGAAAAGAAAGAACGCGGAGACUUCGAUAAUUUAUGCAACGAAUUGAGAUCGCAGCUGGAUUUAGAUCUGACAGCGGCCAGCAAUGGCGACCUGCCUCCGGCGC